UUAACUCACCUGUUGUGACGUAUCUUUCACCUGUAUACCUAAUCUGACAUUGAUAAAAUAGCUGUAUUUAACCUUGCUUGGGUUAGGCUUGUGUCAUAACUUGACGAGGCAGCCACUACAAUCGCCGAUGUUGCUUUAGUCUGAAUACAGAUUGCAUCAAUUAUGGCGUGGCUGUUGCUUGCAUUGUCGGUGUCCAUGGCGACUGUGAGCGCACAAAUACCUUGUCCUAAUAACAUGGUAUGUAGCUGCACGGAUACGAAUAUUGAGUGCCACGAUAGGGCGUUAGUAGCUGUACCUGUGUUCACGUCAGAUUCGCACUAUACGACACUUCACCUCGAAAACAACAUGAUUGAAACUCUACCAGACGAUGCCUUUAAAAAUUUGCAAAAGGUGAUGAUAAUCUUUCUGAGGAACAAUACGAUUAAUACCGUCAGUCGUAACGCGUUUCGAGGAGUUGAAGCUGGAAUCCUGCACCUUGACCUAGCGCAAAACAACCUCACAGAAUUUCCACUUGCGGCGGGGGCACUUGAAAAUCUCAUGCGUAUUGACGUAUCCAACAAUCCAAUUGAUGAAAACCACUUUGAUGAGCAUACGAUGUACGACAUAGGAGACAAACUGACGCGUUUGGAUUUUGGUUCAGACAGCCUCCAUCAAUGGCCAAAUACUUUGCGACAUCUGCAAGCUCUUGAAGUUCUUAAUGUAACGGGAGGGUCGUUUUAUACGCUGCCCCCAACGGCAUUUCAUGGGUUUGAAGGGACGCUAAAAACACUGUCCAUACAGCACACACAGCUGAUUGCGCUUCCAUUUGCCCUGUCAAAGCUCCGUUUUCUUGACCACCUGUACUUUGACCACAACCAUGCAAUCGGAGACUCUGGGAUUCUUAUAACCUCUUUGAGCAACGACACUCUCACCAAUCUACAAUACGUUUCUCUUGUUGACGACAACCUCACAUACUUCCCUUCCCUGUUGCGGUUCCUUCGCAACGUUCACACUCUCAUCCUGGAUUCUAACAGAUUGGCCUUUGUAAGUGAUUCAUCGGUAGCGGUGGCUGUUGGAACAGCAAUAACCACCCUGAGUCUACGCAAUUGCUCGUUGUCAAGAGUUCCAGGCGCUUUGUCAAAGUUGACAAACUUAACGAAACUGGACCUGACCGACAACCAAAUUCGCAGCUUUGAAAAUAGCGAUUUUCAAAAUAUGGGAAGGCUUACAACUUUGACAGUCACCAGGAAUCCUUUGGAAUUCAUCGCCAACGAAACGUUUAAGGACCUAAGGUGUCUCCAACAGCUUGACAUCAUGGAGUCCAACAUUAAGACAAUGCCAGAAGCAAUAAGAUUUCUCCGAAACCUUACGACCCUUACGCUGCCACUUGACAAGAUAGAAUGCACGUGCAACAUUGUCUGGCUUAAACAGUUCAUGGAGGUCUGCAACACGAACCUAAAGAUAGCCGGGUCCUGCGAGACCAUAGAUUCUCCCGUAGCAGACUAUUUGAGAGCACACAUCCCCAACUGUCCUAACUACGCCAGUCAAACCCAGUGUGUUAGCUCCACAUGCACUUAAACAUAACGCCUCUGUGCAACAGUAGCAUCAACACAUUGCAUUGAUUUAAAUUACAUUCGAACAUUGAAUUAAAGAGUAGCAUUUACAUAUGUGUUUGUAUAUAAAACGUUACUUUGUGA